AUGUGCUUCGUUUUCUCGAUCACUUGUCAUGUAGUGACGGCAACAGCAGUUAACAACACGAAUCUUUCGUUUAACUCUCAUCUCGCUCUAUCUAUCUAUCUAUCUAUCUAUCUAUCUAUCUAUCUAUCUAUCUAUAUAUCUAUCUAUCUAUCUAUCUAUCACAUUAAAAAUAUAAUUUUGGCUCCUCAUAACAUUCGUUAUCUCAUUAUUUUCAUAUCUAUCAACAUAGAGCAUUACUUUUCGAUACACACACGCACGAAUGUGCCAUCUAUCUAUCUAUCUAUCUAUCUAUCUAUCUAUCUAUCUAACAAUGUAUGUUCUAUCUAUGUCUGUUCUAUCUAUCUAUCUAUCUAUCUAUCUAUCUAUCUAUCUUCAAUGCCUCUUCUAUCUAUCUAUCUAACAAUGCCUCUUCGAUCUAUCUAUCUAUCUAUCUAUCUAUCUAACAAUGUCUGUUCUAUCUAUGUCUGUUCUAACUAUCUCUCUAUCUAUCUAACAAUGUCUGUUCUAUCUAUGUCUGUUCUAACUAUCUAUCUAUCUAUCUAA